UGCAGUUCCAAAACACCCAGAUUGGGCUGGCUUUUGGAGUCUUGGGCAACAUGCCAGAAAUCAUCAGUCUCCUCUCCUCGACCCCUCCGCCACCCGCAGAAAGACGUGAGCAGCUCUCCAUCCGGCGAGCUCAUUCACAUCCGGCCGCUUUACCCGCGGAGUCGAUCUUCUCCGAUGAGAUCGAUAUCGCAGCCUACCAGGAUGUCGAGCAACCCGCGAAACGACGCCGCUUAAGCCAUGAAAUCACGCCCCCGAGAGAUGUACCGCUUCCUCCUAAGAAUCCUCUGUUUCUCUUCUCCGAUGACGAUAUAAUCCUCUCUUCGGACGGCCCCGCCCUUCCCAAACCUCCGGCCUGGAACGAAGAAUCAGACCCCAUCAUAUUUACCUCCUCCGCACCAGAGCCUACCAAAACGCCGGUUAGACGAGGGAUAAGCUCGCGUGCUGGGAAUGCGAUCGAAAUCGAUGAUGGAGACAACAACGCUAUCGGCAACACUCGAAGUCGGAGGGAGGCAAUCCAAGAUUUCAGCGACCUGCCUGAAUUUCCGGACAUCGACGACUUACUGAAUGUGUCAAAGAGAAUUGAAUCGACGGCUUUCUCUAGCAGGACUGCAACUAUACUAGCGAGUCUCGAUGAUCGCCCCAAAGCAAGCAAUGACGGGCCAAUAUCCAAGACGACGCGAGGUCGCAAGCAAAAGGAACACGACGAUAUUGAAGUCGAGGAAAUUCCCUCUCCACGGAAGCCCCAGCGCAGGACCACAAAAAUGACAACCGAAGAAAAGGAAGCCAAAGCUAGAGCACGAGAGGAAGCCAAGGCACAGCGAGAACGCGAUAAACAAUUGGAAAAGGAACGCAAACAGAAAGCCAAGGAAGAGAAGGCUCGCGAGAAGCAACUCGCAGCUGAUAUUGCCGAGGUCAAUAAACUGAAGGUGGACAAGAAAGAAUCCACAACUGAAAUGCUGAUUGAUCUCGCCGAUACUUUCAAACAUAGCAGCGUCGGCAACGCAACAGCCGAAUACAUGCGCCUUAUCAAGGUGGAUCUCUCAUUCUUCUCUAGUCCCAUUCCCAACACCGUCAAAUGGCGUCGCAAGGUCCGCGCUACAUAUAAUGAGUCCCUCGGGCAUUGGGAGCCGUGCGCACUUCACAUCCGCGACGAAGAGGAUUAUGUGCUGUGUCUGAUCACGGCCCUGGACUUCGUCAGCAUGGCCAGUGCCUCAGCUGCAGCAAGCAACUCCGUAAGCGACCAUGUCAAACAGCUCAAGUCUGCCUAUCCUAAGUGUACCCCGAUAUACCUCAUCGAAGGCCUGACAGCCUUGAUGCGCAAGAACAACAAUUCCCGCAACCGAGCCUACCAAGCUGCCGUGCGUCAACAAUAUGAAGAAACCUCAACUCGUCCGUCCCGCAAGAAACAGCAACAAUCGGAAACACCACCUGUCGGUGAUGACACGAUCGAAGACGCCCUUCUCGAUUUACAGAUCACCCACGGCUGUCUUAUUCACCACACCACUAGUCCGAUGGAGUCUGCUGAAUGGAUCAAGAAUUUCACCGAGCACAUUUCCACCGUGCCAUACCGCCGUGAACGUAUGGAUUUGAAUGACUCAGCUUUCUGUAUGGAUGGUGGACAGGUCAAGCCUGGCGAGAAUCGAUCCGAUACCUUUAUAAAGAUGCUACAGGAGGUGAACCGGGUUACCGCGUCGAUGGCGUACGGUAUUGCAACACGAUAUCCAAGUGCUAUGGAUUUGGUAAAUGCAAUGAGAAAAGACGGACUGGGGUUGUUGGAAGAUGUUAAGAAAUCGGCGAAUAAAAACGGCGCUCUCACGGACUCGCGUAUUGGGCCUGCUGCAAGCCGGCGCUUAUACAAAGUGUUUAUGGGAUUGGACCCAUCGUCUACUGAAGUUUAGUUGACCUCCAUGGAGGGGAUUGUCCGUCUAUGAUUAUUGGAGUUGGCCGUGGAUAUCGGUAUUUUGCAUACUUUCUUGGCAUCUUCAUGCUGCGGAGAAGGGAGUUGACUGGAGUAUAUUGGUACAUGUCAUUGGUACGGAG